AUGGUGGGAUUCAUGCAAGAAACUCACUCCCGGGACGGCCAUUCGGUCAAUAUGCUCGACCUCUACCGUCAACAGAACCCUCCCACCUUUCAAGGAAGACUUGGCACAGAUCCCAACGAAGGGGAAUUCUGGAUCGAGCAAACAGAAAAGCUGUUAGACCACCUGCAUUGCGAAGAAGAAGAGAAGGUCAAUUGUGCCACCUUUAUGCUACAAGAUGAGGCAGAUAGGUGGUGGAAGUACGAGGACGCUUUUAGCCGAUUAAUCUGGUACAUGCCUAUUUACGAAGGGGACGAAAGAAUCAAAGCCCAAAAGUUUUUGGGAGGGCUGAAUCUGAAGCUUCAGAGGGCGUUGAGUAGUAUGAGUACUCAGUCCUAUUCAGAAGUGGUGUUGCAAGCCUUUACCACUGAGGCUAACCUAAGCCGGAUCGAAGCUAUCCAAGGAAAAAGUCAACAAAUGAGCAGUCAUAAAGCAAACAAGAAAUUGGAACUCCAGAGGCCGAAGUUCAAACCUAGUACUUCGUGCCAAAGAUGCCAGAAGCAACAUCAUGGGAAGUCAUGCCUAUUUGGAACAAAAGGGUACUAUCAAUUGAGAAUCAAGGCCGAAGAUGUGACCAAGACAGCUUUUCGUUCUCGAUACGGGCACUACGAAUUUCUGGUGAUGCCGUUCGGGCUGACCAAUGCCCCAGAAGCUUUUAUGGAUACUAUGAAUCGAGUCUUCAGGCCAUUCUUGGACAAAUUUGUGAUCGUGUUUAUAGACGAUAUACUGAUAUACUCUCCCUUGGAAGAAGAGCACGAAUCACAUUUAAGGGUGGCAUUUUUAGGGCAUGUUAUAUCGACUGAAGGAAUAUCGGUCGACCCCACUAAGAUAGUAGCUGUGGCGAAUUGGAAGCAACCUCGGUCGGUUACUGAAAUUAAGAGCUUCUUGGUAUUAACUGGAUAUUAUAGGAAGUUCGUGGAAGGGUUUUCCAAGAUUGCAACGCCCCUCACUAAGUUAACUCAGAAGGGGGUGAAGUUCGACUGGAGUGAACGAUAUUCGAUACACCCUGGUGCCACUAAGAUGUACCAAGACUUGAAGGCUAUAUAUUGGUGGCCUGGAAUGAAGAAAAGCGUGGCAAGAUACGUAAGUCAAUGCGACAUGAGUCAAAGAAUCAAGAUCGAGCAUCAAAAAUCGGGAGGAAGUUUACAACCAUUAGAAAUUGUGGAGUGGAAAUGGGAACACAUUACAAUGGAUUUCGUGACUGGAUUGCCAAGAAGUCCUAAAGAAAUGAUGCUAUCUGGGUGA